AAAUCACAGAACCAAAAAGCAAAAGCAAAAGAAAGAAUUAGAAAAACACAGUACAUACAGUUAAAAGAUGGAGAAGAUACGACUGGAUGCUUCAGCUUAUUACAGAAACUUGCCACCUGCAGAAAUGCAAAAGGCAAAGGCUGGGUUCAGUGCAAUGGAUAAUACUGGAAGUGGAAAAGUGAGCCUCAAGCAAUACUCGGAAUACUUUAAACAAAGAGGGCUUGUAGAGCUUACUUAUCCCGAUUUGUUCAAAGCGUUGGAUACAAAUGGAGAUGGCAGACUCGAUUUCGAUGAAUUUAUCACUGUCUACUACCUCUGCAUGAACAAUAAACUGAUAUAUUGUGAAGAAUGCGGGGUCUUUCUCUCUGGAUCCUACAUGAGUUGCCUUCAAUGCUUCAAUAAUGGUUCUGGGGAUCCCUAUAACAUUUGUUAUGAUUGUUAUAGCAGAAACAACAUUGAUCAUCAUAAGGAUGCUUACUUUGUCGAUAAUAUAAAACUCCAUUGCUUCGCAGUUAAAGGCUCUGCAGUUAAUGAAGGCUCCGCAGUUAAUGAAGGCUCCGCAGUUAAUAAAGGCUCUGCAGAUAAUAAUGGCUUCACAACUCGAAGCUCCGGUGGUAAGAUGACUACGAAGGAUAAGCUUACAGCAGCUCUAUUAGGGGUUUCUGUGGUGAAUUUAGGAAUAAAUACUGCAAAGUUUGUGGCAACUAGUAAACCAGAAUUAUGGGAACAAGCAAAACAAGUUUUCGAUGGUCCCCAAAAAAAUACUUCAGGUGCUGCUGAAUCUGCAUUCGAAUUGUCCGAUCAUGGAAGUAAUGCUGUUAAUUCCGCAGCCGACUUGUCUGAUCAUGGAACUAAUAUUGCUGCUAACACUGCAUGGAACUUUUCGGACCAUGGAAGUAAUUUUGCUGCUGUUGCACCCAAUUUUGCGGACCAUGGAAGUAAUGUUGCUGACGUCGCAUCCAAUUUUCCUGACCAUUUAAGCACUGCUGUUGAUAUUGCAUCAAAUUGUACUGUCAUGUAAAAUUUAUACUUUGCAGCCUUCAACGAAGUGUAAAAUAUCUACUUCUUGUUGUUUAAUUUCAUCUUAUAAUAAUAAAGCUUGCUGGUUUGGAUAUAGUUCCCAGGAGAUGCAGAG